UAUUGUUGUUAUUUCGUAUUCACCAUAGAAAUAUUAUGACAUUUUGCUUUUUCGUCGCAAAAUGUCUCGAGACUUUUAACAUUUUUGCCGCAUUUUAACCUCAUGACUUCAUUCAGCAGUGACAUAAUUUAAUUAAAAAAGUGUAAAUUCAAUUGAUUUGGCGACAAUUUAUCAGAUUUUCUGCACAACAAACAACUACCAAAGAUGGGUCAAGGAAUUCUGUACAUCAUAAGUGACAUUUUAAGUCUUCUGACAAUAUCAACAUGCAUUUAUUGCAAGGUUCCGCAAAUUCAAUCCGUUCGUUCACUCCGCUCCGCCGAAGGCUUGAGUGUGACGGGACUUUUGAUGGAAACGUGCUCCUAUACCGUCUCCAUGCUCUACAAUUACGUCAAUCGCUAUGCCUUGCUGAACUAUUUGGAAUAUCCGAUACUUCUUUUGCAGGAAUACGUUCUCGUUUACUACGUUUUGCUCUACAAGGGGAUCUUGGAUGGGCGAAAUUGCAAGAUUUUCAUCGGAAUUUAUUGGUUAGUCGCCUUUUUCUUCGCUUUUAACGUCUUACCAGCUUGGAUUUUGGUCGUAUUGCUUCCUUUUACGACGCCCGUCUCGGCUACAAGUAAAGUUUUGCAGCUCGUUGAGAUUCUGAGGACCAAAGAAUCCGAAACUGUGUCUCUUAUGACGUGGUUUAUAUCAGCUUUUAGUAAUGCGACUCGCAUUUACACUGUGAUGCUCGAUUCGGGAGAUGCGAUGCUCUUGGCGAACUUUACCGUCUCGACAGUGCUUUCCUCUCUUGUCUUGUUGGCUGCUUGGUAUUACAAAAAGCCGAAACAAGCGUAAAAAGUACCUAAAAAAGCCAUAAAAUUCAAAAUAAACUUAGAAAUUGACUUACUUCAA